CAGUGGGCCUAGAUAAACUUGUUCUUGUUUUUGCCGAUGUAAUGAUAUUCCAGCUUGCUGUGUGUUUUACCGUGGGUCUGGUUAUUUACUGGAUAAUCAGACGGAAUCCUAAACUUCUCAGAAGAAUGUUUAAACCAGGAAGCCCGCUGUUUGCUCUUGGAUACCAGUUGUAUUCCAAGACUAGCGUUGGUCACCAUCUCCAUCAGAAGGAUUUGCGCAAAGCCAGGCAGCAGUAUCCCGAUGGCCAUUCAGUGGUGGAAGUCACUGAAUUAAACGGUAUUAGAAUAAGACCCAUUCCAUUUCUGCAGGACAACUACGCAUAUCUUGUGAUUGAUACACCAACUAACACAGCUGUAGUUAUCGACCCUGGAGACCCAGAAGUUGUACAGUAUUGGGUAGAGGAGGAAGGUGUUUCCUUGACAGCGAUAUUCACCACACACAAACACUGGGAUCACUCAGGAGGCAACAAGGCACUGAGGAAGCUGUACAAGAAGAUAGCGGUGUAUGGCAGCUCUACCGAUUCCAUACCAGGCCUUACUCACCAUGUUGUUGAUGGAGACAGCAUAGAGAUCGGUGGUCUGAGGUUCACGACCCUCUUCACUCCCGGACACACCGUGGGUCACACAGCGUUCUUGCUUCACAGUCCUGGGGGUGAUAUUCCUGAUAGUGUCUUCACGGGAGACCUGCUGUUUCUUGGAGGAUGCGGGCGAAUGUUUGAGGGUCCUGCAUCAACCAUGCUGGAAAGUCUGGACAAGAUUUGUGGUCUGUCUGAGAGUACAAUCAUCUGGCCUGGCCAUGAAUACGCAAAAGACAACUUGGAGUAUGGAAGUUUCUUGGAACCAGAGAAUCCCGACGUCUUGACAAAGUAUGACUGGGUGAAGGAAAGGAGAAAAGAAAGGCUGAUAACGAGUCCGUCCUCCGUAUCUGAAGAGAGAUCCUACAAUCCAUUCCUGAGGACAUCCUCACCAUCCUUGCUUCAAGCUCUAGGAAUCGAGGACAUGUCGGAUGCAAACGUGGCAGCAAACAGGGCCAAAAUUCUAUCAGAACUACGGGCAAGAAAAGACAAAUAUUUCUAUAAAUUGUAAUUAUAUUUCUUCUUCGUUCAGGGAAUUACAUGUAUAUAGCACAGCAGAUAGGUGAUGAGAUUGUGCCUUUGAUGAUACAAGCAUGGAAUUCGGCACACCUAUUUAUGUCAUGAGAAAGAUAUUUGGCUUUAGGGCCAUCGCUUAUUUGUCCGUUGAAAAAUUUUGAAUACCAAGCAAUGGUAGCCAUUUUUUUAAUUUUGAAAUUGCUUGUUAUUCUAUAUAUUUUGUUCAAAAGACAAAUCUGCGAUGGCCCUAUAGCCAAAUAUCUUUCUCAUGACAUACUCUGACUGUGUGCCAAAUGCCAUGCUUGUAUCAUCAAAGGCACAAUUCCCCCAAAUAUUUCCCCUAUCUGCCCCAUAGUGUUGCUGGUUUGACGUAGCAGACAGGGCAAAAGAUAAGCUUGUAGUCGUAAAAGGUGCACACAAUUUUCUUCAUGAAAUAUAGAAAUUUGAAUACAUGUUUGAGAACUUUAUAUCAUUUCAAUUAUUUGACAAUAGUUUUAUUACAGCAAAGCUUAGACUGAACGUAGUUGUUAAAAAUACAACAGAACCAUUUUAUUUUCUCUAGUUUGAUGAUAAUGGUACUUUUUAUGUGAUUGUUGAAUAUGCUUUCAUGUAAAUUUGACUUUUUGUUAUAUGUUUGUGAUUUUAAUAUUAAAUUCACAUUAAAUGUGCUAGUGGAACAUGUAUGAUGUAUGUAAUUGUAAUAUUACACUUGGUUUAUUUUUUGUGAAACCCGUAGAUGAAUAAAGUAUUCUGUAAAA